AUGGCCAAUGUCGACGAAUUAUGUCAGUUUGCACGAUUAGGUCAAACAUUUAAAAUUCAAAAAUAUUUACAAACCCAUAGUGUUGAUAUUAAUGCAUUAAAUUUAUAUGGUGAAUCAGCACUUUCGAUGGCUACUUAUUACAAUCAAAUCAGUACUAUUGAAUAUCUCUUAGCAAAUAAAGCUGAUCCUAAAUUACGUCUUUCUGCUGGACAUACAACUAUUCAUAUUGCUUGUCGAUUAGCUAAUGUAUCUAUUUUACAUUUGUUAUUAUCAAUAAAAAAUAAUAAAGAAGAAGAAGAACAACAACAAGAACAAAAAGAUAAACAUAUAUAUGAUUGUUUACGAAUAAAAGAUUAUGCUAAUUUAACACCAAUACAUUGGGCUGCUACACAAGAAUCUGUAUCAAAACGACAAAAAGUUUUUGCUUAUCUUGAUCAACGAAUGCCUGGUGUGCUUGAUAGUCGAUAUGAUAUUAAUUGGUUUAAUUCAUGGGCUAAAACACAUCCAUGGGUUAUCGAAGAGAAAUUAACAAAGAAUAUACUUCCAAUUUCUCCAAAAAAAAUUCUACCGAAACUAAUAAAUACUGAUAAAGUCAAUCGACAAAAUAGCGAACAAGGUUCAUCUUUACCAUUAUUAAAUGGAUAUACUCCUGUGGAUAUGAUUUCAAGAACAUCGUUUCAUGACUAUGAAUCUACACCAAGAACACCACCAACAGCAGCAGCAGCAGCAACGAUUGUUUAUGAUAAUGAUAUUGACGAACAAAAAAAACGAAUUUCAUCUAAAGUACAUCUUAUUGAACAUGCUUCUCAAACACCAAAGUUACCACUUACACCUAUUACCAGUCGUAUAGUAGCUUUCACUCAUCAUUAUAUUUCAAAACAUGAACAUCAUACUAGUGAAUGUCAUAAACCAUCAUCAAAACAAUCAUCCAGUUACAAUAAUAUGUCUCCUAAUUCACAAAAAACACGUUAUUUUCAACGAUUUAGUUCAAUUAUUAAAAAUUCCUUAUCACCUCUUUCUGAUCGCUCAACAUAUCAUGCUGAAAAAGCUCAUAUUAUACCAACAUUGAAUUUUCCUUAUUCAACAACAUCUAUUGAAAAUAAACGAUAUGAUUAUGAAGAUACAAGUUCACCAAUAUCAAGUAAACGACCUUCUCAUAAUUUACUAUCAAAUAUUCUUCCAUCAACAACAUCAUUAUCAUCAUCUGAUCAAAGUAGUCGACAAUUAAUAAAACCAUUUAAUUUUGAUACAUCUUGUAAUUUACAACAUCAUCAUAAUAGAACAACAAUUGAAACAUAUACACAAAAUAAUGAAUCAGAUAAUGAAGAUAAUGAUUAUUUAUGCAAAUCAACUUCAACUUUAGAUAUAUCUUCAUCCGAUGCUUAUACUUAUGAUUUUUAG